UGUUAUUUGCCCAGCCUAUUGUACUAUUUCACAAACAACAAUAUUUGGCUGAAAGCAUGCCUUCCCACAAGCAAACUAAAUAGGCAAAGUCAAAAACAGCUUCGAAUUGCGAAGCUGCAAAACGGCAGUCUUUAGUUUUUUAGUUUUCAAUAAUUCUCGGCAUGUUGUUAUCUGAAAAAGCCGUCAACUAAUCUUUGAUCCCGCCAUGGAAACCGAAGAUUUCAGGUUUGUUUAUCGAAUGAAGAGAAAACAAGGUCUUAGGCUCUCCCUUUCUUCAUUUAUGCUCAUCAAGUAAAUAUUUAAUUUAAUAGUGUAAUAUCAAUUCCAUAAUUCAAUUAAUGGACUAAUGAUAACAAUACUUUUAGACCUGACGGUGGGAAGUAAAUCACUGCUAGGCUCUGGAACCAACCAGGGUAUAUUGACCUUUUCAAUGGAUUUGUUAAUAGGAUAUUUAUUUCAACAAAAGUGUGUUGUUUUUGUGAAGUCAGGCACGAGAUCGAUAAUCACGGAAUCAAUCACGCGCUUGGCAGAAAAAAAAAUCGGUGGUUUAAGAAAUAACUUUUGACGGUACAAAGGAAAGCCAAAGUACGCAAACUUAUGGUAAAAAAGGAAAUAACUCCGUUUGAAUUGAUCUAGAAAUCAAAAGUUGUUCGUCAAUUCUAUCAAAUUUGUCAUGCUAUUGUCAUGUGGACUGAGCGUGUUGUUUGACCUUAGACCUCCUUUGUCGCGAAUUGUUAAAUGAGUUGAAUAGACACCGUUAAUCGCUAGAGUCUUCGCAUAGCGAGACACGCACAUCCAAGCCUAAAAACAUUCUCAUUUAAACCCUAAAAGCACGCCAUAAUGAACUCAUGCACAUGUGACUUGUGCCUGCGAGAGACUUCGGAUUUGCGAAGAAAACCCGAGUGUUGUCACUUCUUACGUUCGCCUCCUCAAGAAAACACCGGUCUUUUGAACGUAAAUAGAUCACACUGUACUAGUAAACCUGCUAUCGAGUCUUAGCCGAGUUUAGACGGUCUUUCCGCCAAUAUCAACCCCAAACCACAGCACGACGUGGGAAGAAAAACAGGCACUACACAGAUAAGCUCUAUAUCCGAUAUUCCAGCACCAUUCGGCGCGGUGAAAAGUAGCGACAGUUUCCCUUCGGUGGACUCAUCGUUCUGCAUGAUGCACCCGAACAAGAGACAUGUGUGUUUAAGUUAUGGGGAUCUGUUGAGGAUUUUAAAUAAUGGACAACGAAUUGCUCCCGAUAAACUCGAGUUGUGGGAGUCGGAAUCACCUACCGCGCGUAAAUCGCUUGGUUUGUGUGAAGAGCAUGACUGUGAGGAAAUGAAGUUCUAUUGUGAGUCGUGCGCCAAGGGGAUAUGUCGUGACUGCGCGGUGCUAAGUCACAAGACUCACGAGUUCGUCUACUAUAAAGACCACAAGCCAGCAAGCCCCCAAACAAGGGAGAGGUUCAAUAAAAUCCUAACACAAGUGGAGAAGAAGAAGAAGAACCUGGAAGAAAAAAUGGAACUACUCGAGACGCAUUUCGAAAACAAGAGAAAAGAGAUAGCGGCCGAAAAGGAGCGCGUUUUAUCGCGCACAAGGCAGCUAAAAGCGCUGAUAGUGGAGCAACAGAAUGCGCUAGUUUCUUGUCUGGAAGAUAACCAGAACUUAAUGAGCCAAAGCGUAGAGACUAAAAAAUGUGUUCUCCGUUCAGCGAUAGACGAGGUCACAAAAGGCUUAGAAUUAGCCAAAGGCGCUUUGAAAAAGGAGGACAUCAACGGACAUAAUGCGUCUGAAGUAGCCCACAAGGAUAUCGGGAAGACAACAGAAGAUGUUGUCAUGGAAACAGGAAGUAUAUGCAGCCCUCUUAAACUGAUGAAGGAUCUAGUGAUUGGGGAGGUCGGAGAAAUCAGGACAAAGAGGUUAGACGGUAUGGAUUUCAGUUCUGAUACUGGAGUGAACAUGUCCCGGGCGUAUUCAGAUGACGAGUCGAUAGAAUGCGCGUCCGACUCAGAUAUCAACUCAAAUUCCGAGACAAAUUUCUGGAAAAGUGAGCCAGAGUCCUGGAACCAAAUAUCCAAUGUGAAGGAAAAUCAAACAGAGACGAACACCACCCCCGUAAUCCCACAUUUCGUCUACCAAACGUCCCUAGGGGGGAAGGGUACGGCACACACAAAUUUCCAGGACCCCGUUGGCAUAGCAACAGCAAAUGAUGGCACCAUCGCAAUUGCCGACUAUAACAACGACCGGAUCCAGCUUUUUACCCCCGAUGGCGUGCUCAUCCGGGUACUUACUCACGUGAUCACAGAGAAGGGUCGCAAAAUAGCCUUACUCUCCCCUGCUGGGGUGGUGUUUGACAAGGGUGGAAAUUUAGUUGUCGCAGAGAGGGGAAGGCAUCGAAUCACGGUCAUGACGUCAACCGGAAGCUUAAUUCACAAGUUCGGAAAGCUCGGAAAGGCAUUCGGGCAAUUCCGAACGCCACACGGAGUCUCCAUAGAUCGUAUCGGUCGGAUAAUUGUUGCGGACACGGCGAAUAACAGAAUUCAAGUGUUCGACCAAAAUGGCGAGUUCGUGUUCGCGUUUGGAGAUUACGGUGACCAUAAGCUUGAUUACCCAAACUAUGCCAUUUCCAAGAACGGUCUGUUUUACGUCUCAGACACAGAUAACGACACAGUAAAGAUCUUUAACAAAGAAGGGACAUUUCUGAGGUACUUGUGCCAUAAUAAAGACCUCGAAGACCCCCAGCGUCCCGUGAAGGACCUAGAGGACCCUGCCACAGAGGACGUCCAAUUCAGUGCCCCUUCAGGCCUAGCAGUUUAUAAAGACCAGUUCAUCCUAGUUUGCGACUAUAACAGAGAUUGCGUCAAGGUGUUUUCUCUAGAUGGGGCAUUCAUAACGGAAUUCGGACAGCCUGGUACUUGUCCCGGACAGUUCUGUGGGCCUGAGGCAGUAGCUGCUCUCCCAGACGGUCGGGUGGUCGUUAGCGAUAAGGGAAAUCAUAGAUUGGUCAUCUUUGAGCAGGUGUCACAAUAGUAGACCCAAGGGGGGGAAUUCAAGGUUGGGGAGGGGGGGGGGGAGAUUCAUCCACCUUAACCAUUGUGAUUUUGAUUAUAGCAAUAAUACCUGUUUUUUUUAUAACGGCAUCAGAGCAUUAUUUUGGUUAUAUUGGCUGGAUAAGUGUUUUGAUUUGAUUGAGUGAUAUUGCCGGGUUCUAGUCUCAGCCAGGAUCACGUUAAAUUACAGCUUGCGUAGCAAGUAGAAGCCAAACUCAGAUUAAUCAAAUUUGAUUUAUAUUACC